AUGAGUUCCAAAGCCGUGAAGGCGGCGGCCGAACGCUUGGCAAAGUUGGAGAUCAGUCAGAAUGAAAGGGCCGCCAAGUAUGUGGAACAAGCCCCCAGGAUACGGUUGGACGAUCUCAGAGAUAAUCCUGGUGCCAGGGUUAAGGUGAGUAAAAAUAUAACAGUUUUUAUUUUCUGUAAUGUAUACCGUUUACAAUCGAAUCAUUACAGGGUCGCCUCGUGAAAGCCCAGAUCCACAAUCAGGGCGGUCACACGGUCGGAGAACUCCAAAGAGCAGCCAAACCGCCAUUGGGAUGGGUCUGGGGAGACUUUUACAAACCAUGGCAAAGAAGAUUCCCGGGGGAGAAGCAUUUCAAUGGAGAUGUGAACAUCAGAAGGGAGUACAUCCCGUUGUCUUUGAUCGAAUUGCAACGAUUGAUUGAUCUGAAUUGGCUGGACACUAGUAGAACGAUCGAUGUCACACAAAUUUUCAACACAAAAAGACUGAAAUUGGAUCCGGACCUAAGACAAUUCGGAAUUGAUCUCACGGAUGAGGUAAGGACAGUAUAUGUUUUAUAGGGUUUGUCCACUAAAUGGAAGAGUAAAUGAUUUAUUAAUGUUUUUAAUGUUUCUCAUCAUCAGGGAGCAGAAGUAUUCACAACCCCAAUUGAUAUCGAAGUCCAAUGGGCCAGUCAGACGGUGAUCUCGGCCAUAGAAAAGGUCGGUGGACGCAUUCGGUUGGCCUAUUAUGAUCUGGAAAGUUUGAGAGCAGCCAUCGACCCAAAGGCCUUCUUCGAAUCAGGCACUCCCAUCCCCAGAAGGAAACAACCUCCGCAUUCACUCAUGAAUUUCUAUAGAAAUCCUAAAACCCGAGGGUAAGGUUGCUGUAGAAAAAAUUAUUAUCAACUUUGGUUUCACUUUUUAAUCGCUUUUUCAGUUACCUUGCGGAUGAAAACGAAAUCAGAGCCGCUUCUGAAGAACUCGCCAACAUUGUUGGGUACAAAUACGAACCCCGACACAUCGAUUCACCUCACAGAAAGUCUCCGAGCCAAAUUUUUGCUGGCCUCGAACCCGGAUCUUUAGUGUCAUUGGUCGAUAAAAAGGUUUUCCGACCCACUAAUCCAGUUCAUGAAGCGUUUUACAAAGGAGAACAAAAUGAAGUCGCUGAUCAUCUUCGUUGA